AUGGCGCCCCUGGCUCAGGCUGUGACGGUGUCUCUCAAGGACCUGCACAAUGGAGACGUCUCCUUUGAGACUCUGCAGCAGGCCUUUGGCCCUGACUCCCUCGGUAUCCUAGUGGUCAAGGACGUUCCACAAGAAUUCGCCCAGCUGCGCCAUGUCGCCCUAUCAUAUGGAUCCUACUUGGGAAAUUUGCCCAAAGAGGAACUGGCCACCGAGGAUUGGAUGGAGGGGGGGAAGCCCAGGCACCCGUUUUCCGUAUUUUCCAAUGACACAAGCAGCGGAGCGCCGCUUACCAUCGCCUUUACAGAAAAGUUGGAAAACGCCAAAGCAAAGUAUCUCACCGGAUGGUCCUUGGGCAAGGAGACUCUCAAGAAUGGCCAGGCCGACACCUUCAAGGGAUCCUACUACGCCAACUGCGCCUUUUACGUGAAUCCCAGCCUGGAGUGUGCUGAGCCCACGGCCGAGUUCUCGCCAGAGACGUUCCCAGAGUACCUGUCGCCAAACGUCUGGCCCGCCGAGAAUGUGCUGCCCGGUAUGAAGCCGGCAGUGACGACUCUCUGCCGCCUCAUCAUCGACGUUGCCGUGCUGGUGGCGCGCGCUUGUGACCGCUUUGCCGAGCAGGAGAUCCGGGGGUACCCCAAGGGCUACCUGGAGCACGUCGUCAGCACGUCCAACACCACCAAGGCGAGGCUGCUGCACUACUUUCCCCAAGGGGCGUCUGAGGCGGCGUCGACUGCGGCAGAGGGCGACGAGGACGACUGGUGCGGCACCCAUCUCGACCAUGGCUGCUUGACGGGACUCACGUCUGCCAUGUUCAUCGACGAGAGGGAGGUCAACCCGGAGGUGCCAACAGCAGACUUGACAAGCCUCAACGGCGCCUCCCUGCCUCCUCUGGAGGAGCUCGCUGCCUCACCCGACGCCGCGGCUGGUCUCUACAUCAAGUCUCGAACGGGCGAGACGGUGCAGGUCAAGAUCCCUCGUGACUGCAUCGCGUUCCAGACGGGCGAGGCUCUGGAACGCAUCACGGCUGGCAAGUUCAAGGCGGUGCCUCACUUUGUGAGGGGGGUGAGGGCCAGCGUGAGUGAUGGGAGGGUAGCGAGAAACACGCUGGCCGUGUUUACGCAGCCCAACCUUGGCGAGGAGGUUGACAUUGAACAGCACUUGACGUUUGGCGAGUUUGCCAGAGGCGUCGUGACGAAGAACACUGUGUCUUAG